AUGGAUUUCUGCAUGAGAGUGGCAACGCAGUUGAUGCUGGACGAGAUGAAGAAGGAAGAAGAUUCUUCAAAGAACGUGGUGUUGUCUCCAUUAUCAAUAAGCAUGGUUCUCAACAUGCUCGCUUCUGGGUCUAGUUCUUGGAGAUUCUUGGCUACAAAAACGACCAUGAUCUCAACUCCGAUUCUUCAACCAUUAUGUCUAUUUUCGCUCCCUCCUCUGAUGAAUCUGAAUCAUCUGAUCAUCAUGAUGCUGAUCGUGCCCCACAAAACUCCCCAAACGACAACGUUUUUGGGAUAUUCGGAUCAAGAGUUCUCAAUUCCCAAGAAAAAGAAGUCAAUUAAGAAGAAAGCGCCUGCCUUUAAUUUGGCUGAGAAAGUUAAAAGGGAGGUGAACUCAUGGGCUGAGAAGGAGACGAAAGGGCUUAUCAAAGAGAUCGUGCCACCGGAUUUGAAACCAUCGCCGCCACUCUGUCUCGCAAACGCAUUGUACUUUAAAGGAGACUCGAAAACCCCGUUUGAUGCCUCUAUGACUAAGCCCGAGGAUUUUCACCUUUCUUUACGGAGAAACUACCAAAAUCGCAUUCUUCGCAAGGCUUGUAUUGAAAAAGAACAAGGUACUGAGGCUGCUGCAGUUACUGUCGCCAUGAUGAUGUGUGGAGGUCCACCGAUGGGGUUCGAGCGUCCAAAACCGAGUUUUGUGGCUGACCAUCCUUUCGUGUUCGUGAUCAUCGAAAACUUUUCUAAGCUUGUUGUUUUCACUGUAGCAGAAGUUAAUCCCCUCUUGGAUUGA